AUGCCAGACCGAUUCGCAUACAAGGUCACAUCUAUUGAGGAAGCAAGUGAUGUGGACUCAUUGCGACUUGAAGAUCUGAUGGGAAAUUUGCAGACCUUUGAGAACAAGUUGAACAUCAGCAAAAUAGAUAAAGAAAGAAAAAUUGCUCUACAAACAGUCGCUGUUACAACUUCAUCAGUGCCCCUAGUUCCCAUGACAACACUCGAAGUCGAGCUAACAAAAUCCAUGUCUCUAAUAGCUAAAAACUUCGGAAAACUCGUGGAUAUGAGUGGACAUCCUACAAGUUUUGAAAGAAAACCCAGAAGUCCUACAAAUAAGCAGGAAGUGAGGAAGGGGAUUCGAUGUAGAGAAUGUCGCGGCUAUGGUCAUAUUCAAGCUGAAUGUGCAAACACUCUAAAGAACCAAGGAAAAUCACUUGCCACAACUUGGAGUGACAAUAACUCUGAAUCUGAUGAUGAUAGUGAAGCAAGUGAUGCUGAAACAAGUAUUGACUUAUGUGGUACAUGCAUGGUUACUGGUGUGACACAUAAUGAUGUCACAUGCACUGAGCCGUCACAUCUUAGGAUCACUAAAGUGACACAGGAUGAUGUCUCAUGCACUGAGCCGCCACACCUCAGGUAUGCUACUCGAGAAGACGAUUCAGAGGAUGAUGAAGAAUGCUCCAUUGAGAUGAUUCAACAGCAACUGAGUGAUCUUGUAAAGCAAUGUCAUGAGGUUGGUGAUGAAAACAAGCGUUUGAAGGAGAAAGUAAAAGAACUGGAAGAGGAGAAUGAAGCAGUUAAAGUCAAUCUGAAGGCCAAAAUCGAUGAGCUUGAAUUGGAAAAUGAGACAAGGCAGAUCAAGAAAAAUCCUCCUCCAAUGAAAAAUGCUGAACCCUGCCUCAACCUGAAGUGUGACAACUCCCCUGUCGCAACAACGUUAGAGGCAUCAGUCAGUAAGUUAAAUCGCACUACGAUUCUUCCUUCAAACAGGUUAGAUGAAAUUUUAAAUGCUCAUCCCUCAAAUCCUGAUAAACUUGGUCUUGGCUAUAUUGGGAGUAAGUUCGAUGGUAAACCUAAUCCAAAUCGAAAAAUUAAUUUUGUGAAUAAUACUGUCAAACCUACUCCACAACAUGUUGCCUCACAAUCUUAUACAAAAAAGUUUGUGCCAACUUGUCAUUUAUGUCACAAAGUAGGACAUGUUAGGCCAAAAUACUUUAAAAGAUGGAAAUUGAUAAAUAAGAGUUUAGCAUAUCAAUCAUCCAAUUCCGCUGCAUGGGAUCACAAUUCCCAAAGAAGAUACUCUGAUAAUAAAUGGAUGAAUAAGUAUAAUGCAAACUGCUUUCCUGCUAUUCUUUCUUUAAAAGCAUGUACUACGAACUCUUGGUAUUUUGAUAGUGGUUGCUCCAAGAAUAUGACAGGUGUACCUAAUUACUUAAAGAACAUGCAUAAUGUGUCUGGUGGACAAGUUACUCUUGGUGAUGGAAACAAGGCCUUUGUGAAAGGAGAAAGUAACUUGGAUGUCGGAGGGUUACCUAACCUUGAAAACGUUUUGUAUGUAGAGGGUUUGAAAUCAAACCUACUCAACGUAAGUCACCUAUGUGAUCUAUACGACUCAGUGUUGUUCACCAAGCGUAAGUGUGAAGUGUUUGAUCGAAACCACAUGUGUGUUCUAUCUGGUUAUAGAUCCUCUGAUAAUUGUUAUAAAAUUGAUCAAACUGACCAAGUUGAACAGUCUCCCCUCGCCACCUCUGAUAUCACAGAUAUGUGUUAUCAUCGACUGGGGAAUUUGAAUUUUCAGGAUCUAACACGAAAUAUCAAUGCAGGUUGUGUGAAAGGUGUUCCCCAACUAAAUUCCAAUACACCAGAUUUAUGUGGAGAAUUUCUAAUUGGGAAACAAACUGAGAGCAUUGGAAGAGAAAUACCAGAAGACAAAAUCACAGAAGUAUCAGUGCCGACAUCUUAUGUCACAACUGAAGAUGUUACCACUGGUAAAGAAGGUAUGAAAACUUGCAAUAAGCCAAGGUUGACUACCUGGAAAUGGUCAGGUAUUUGUGCUAGGUACCAAGGAAGCCCCAAAGAGAGUCAUUUGAGUGCUGUAAAGCGCAUUAUCCGAUUUGUUAGUAGAACACCCGAAUUGAGAAAAUGGUAUUCAAAAGAUACUAACAAUUGUCUUGCAGGGAACAGUGAUGCUGACUGGACAGGAGAUGUGGAUGACAGAAGAAGCAUCACAGGAGGUUGUGUCUACAUGGGUAACAAUUUGGUAUCUUGGUACAGUAAGAAACAAAACUCCAUUUCCUUAUCUAAUGCUGCGUGUGAGUACAUAGCUGCAG